AGCGGCUCGUUGUGCGCUGCGGACCGAUCGCCUCCCGCUGCCCGGGCCCGGCCGCCGCCGCCGCAGAUUUAUUGUAAAAUGUCCAAUGGUUAUGAAGAUCACAUGGCUGAAGAUUGCAGGGAUGAUAUUGGUAGGACAAAUUUAAUUGUGAACUACCUUCCUCAGAACAUGACACAGGAUGAAUUACGGAGUCUGUUCAGCAGCAUCGGCGAAGUGGAAUCUGCAAAACUUAUUCGGGACAAAGUUGCAGGACACAGCUUAGGCUACGGCUUCGUGAACUACGUAACUGCAAAAGAUGCUGAAAGAGCAAUAAACACACUGAAUGGCCUCAGACUUCAGUCAAAAACUAUCAAGGUUUCCUAUGCCCGCCCAAGCUCUGAAGUUAUCAAGGAUGCUAAUCUGUACAUCAGUGGCCUGCCCCGCUCCAUGACACAGAAGGAUGUAGAAGAUAUGUUCUCCCGCUUUGGGCGCAUCAUCAACUCACGCGUGCUCGUGGAUCAAACCACAGGUUUGUCCAGAGGGGUCGCAUUUAUCCGGUUUGACAAAAGGUCAGAAGCAGAAGAGGCAAUUACAAAUUUCAAUGGUCACAAACCCCCAGGUUCCUCCGAGCCCAUUACAGUGAAGUUUGCAGCCAACCCUAACCAGAACAAAAAUGUGGCACUGUUGUCGCAGCUGUGUCAUUCACCAGCUAGACGGUUUGGAGGGCCAGUGCAUCACCAGGCACAGAGAUUCAGGUCAGCAGAGAAUCAGGAUCUGCCACCGCCCUGCUCUUGGCAGAGAGCAGCUCGUGUACCGCUUUUAAGGGGUUUGCAAAUCACCAGUGGUACACCUCAAUUUGGGAACCCCUGGUUCUCUCCUAUGGGUGUAGAUCACAUGAGUGGGCUUUCUGGUGUAAAUGUUCCAGGAAACGCAUCUUCUGGCUGGUGUAUCUUCAUCUACAACCUUGGUCAAGAUGCUGAUGAGGGAAUCCUCUGGCAGAUGUUUGGCCCCUUUGGUGCGGUUACCAAUGUGAAAGUUAUUCGAGAUUUCAACACCAACAAGUGCAAAGGUUUUGGUUUUGUGACCAUGACAAACUAUGAAGAAGCUGCAAUGGCCAUAGCAAGUCUUAAUGGCUACCGCCUGGGGGACAAAAUCUUACAGGUUUCCUUCAAAACCAACAAGUCCCACAAAUAACUUGCUCGUGCUUUUUGUAUGGAAUAGAUAAUGGAGUGACAGAAGUUGAAACAUUUUUGUUAGUGUAAAACUCAUUUUGCGCCAAUUUUCACAAGUGUUUGUCUUAGUCUAAAUGAGAAGUGAAAAGGUUUUAUAUUCUGGGAUGCAACUGACAUGUUCAAAUGUUUGAAAUCCCACAAUGUUAGACCAAUUUUAAGUUCCUUUAAGUUAUUUCAUUUAAAACAUGUUAAAAAUCCCCUGAAAUCUUAAGUAGAUUGCAUUAACUAGACCCUCUGGAUGGUGGUAAAAUUGAAGCAUGCUUUCACUUAUGAGACUAACAUUUGUUUCAUUGAAUGUUGUUUGCAAAAACUGGAAUUUUCUGAAAAAUAUCAGGCUGAAUUCAUUGAUUUUCUUUGGGUUUAUGUUGUUCUUCCUACCCAUCCCCCUGUCCUUUUGUUCUCCCUCAGUUUCAGUAGUAUGGAAGAAAAGUUGAGAAAUACUAAUGUUUUAGUUGACAGUAAAUUGUUUGAUAAAUUAAUAUUCAUUACUCUGUGUCUAGUUGAGGAUCAGGCUUUUUAAAGUCAAGGUCUUGUAAGUAGUAGCAUGCCAGCCUAACUUUUAACACCAUUGAGGAGGUAAGUUGCACACUGAGCAGUGGCCAAGCUGUCCAAUUCACAGGUUUUAGAAAUGUGACUUUUAAAACCCACUUUGAGAGGAAUGGACCAAAGAGUUUCAGAGAAACUCCAGGAAGAUUUCAGAGUCAAAAUGAAACUCCAAAAAAGCAAGUGUGAAUAUAUGUUGCUACUUUAUCAGACUGAAUCUCUUCUGUCCAAAUAUUUAAUGCAUGGUGCACUACUUACUGGUACAUUAUAAUGCAGCAAGAUACUUACUCAUUUUCCAAGAUCAUUGUAGUUGGAAUUCCUUUGGCAGUUCUAUUUUGUAAAGAAAAACCAGUUAUAAACAUUUGAGCAUUGUAUUUCUCGCAUCCCUUCUAAUGAGUGCUAGUUUUUCUAUUUUAAUAGGAUUUUGUUUUGACAACUAGCUUUACUUACUGAACACUCAGCAGAAAAGUACUUACAACUUGCAAGUUAGAUAUUAACCAAAAAACCCCUUUGAUUUGUAGAUUUAAAGAUUAAUCCCCCAGGUUUUCUGCAGACUGCCUUGAAACUUUGAGUUGUUCUGUUUCUGUUAAUUUUCUUUUGCUUUUUUGUGUUUUUUGUUUGUUUUUACUUUUGCAUUUAAGAACAUUAAAUUUGAUUUUGUUUUGCUCAAAUUUUGUUUUGUUUUUUAUUUUCUGUUCUUUUUUUUGCUAAGUAUUGCACAAAGUGUCCAGCUUUCAGAGUGCUGUUUAAGGAACUGUAGCUCGGCUUUGAGAGAAUUUUAAUUUACUGCUUUGACAGAUGAGUAGAAGAAAAGAGUUUUGAAACAAGCACCACAAUAAAUCUGUCACAUAGAAAUGAGUGUCACAGACUGGUGUAACCCUCAGGUGUGCUUGGGUAGGAAACUGGGGAAGCUGACCAUGCCUGUACAGGUGUGUGAGCUGCUGUGCACAGCUAGAGACUUGGCUCUGGUGUUAAUGUAGGCAGGGCAGGUGUGGAAAUGAGGUCUGUGGCAGAUUAAUGCAGUGUCUCCUUGUUUUGCCUGGAUCUCUACCAGCCCCAGAGUUCAUUUCCAAACUCGAGAGGCCAGUCCAUGCUGCCUGCUCGUCUCACUCCAUCCCCAGCUGACCUUGCCUUCUGCUUGCCGCCGUUUGUCCUCUCCUUGUCCUCUCCCUGCCAUGGGGUCUGCACAGCCUGAGGGCUCCCUCAGCCUCCACAUGUGGCUGAGCUGGUGCCCAGCUCCAGGGAGGACCUGUGGCAGCUGCUGAUGUUCCUGGACCUGCCCAGGACAUAUCUAAACCCUACAGAUAGGCCUUGGCCCAGCGAGCAGCCUUCCACUGAGUUUGAGCAUGUGUGCAGUGAAUGCAGGUGGGAUUUUUCCUGUUAAAGCAUCCAACCUUGCCUCUCCUGCCAGCCUGUUCCCUCCCCAUCUCUUGAGAUGCUCGGUGGAACAGUGACUGUGACACAGCAGCCAGGCCAUUCCCAGCCCCCAGAGCUGCUCUUGGCUGUCAGAGGUUUCCUUCCACCAGUUCAUCACCAUCCAUUUACCAUGUCUAUGAUUAUUUCCUUUCUGCGUACAAGGAGAGCUUGGGAAGCUCUCUGGGCAUCCUCCCAAGUUAAAGCUGUGUAGUACAGAGAAGUUCUCUUACAUGUCCCAUCAUUGUUGAACCUGCACUGUCCUGUUCCACAGGAGUGGGCUGUAGUCAUUCCCAGUUCCUGUCAUUCUCUCUUGUUUUAUUCCAUUUAAGAUAAAUUUGCUGCUGAACUAAAAUGGGAGCUGCUAUUUAUCACAAUAUUUAGUGGGGGUUCAGACUUGCAGGAGUGACCCCUAAACAUGACUCUGUCAGUACUGGUUCCAAGCACACUGGCCAUGGCAGCAGCACAUUGCUGUGCUGCCACUUUUGAAGAACCCCCUUCUCUUGAAUGCUCUCUGGCAUCACUGUUCCUUUCUUUUUCCACUGCUUCCCUAUUUUUCCAUCUCUCAUUCUUUGCUAGGUAAGUGCAGGAUAUGGUUUUGUACUGCUACUACAACAAUCUCUUUUAGGAAAGGUCUGAUUCCAGCUUUCUUUGAUAGUUGCUUUGAUAAUUUUCAGGCAAUUGCUAUGAGCAAAGCACUGCUCCUCGAGUCAGGAAAAGAGGAAAAACUCCUGCUAUUAUCCAGAGCUGAUACCAGAAGUAGUGUAUAAUUUGUGCUAUUCUAACAGUCAGUAAAAUCUUGGCAUAAAUAGCUGAAGUCCAGAAAAAAUUGUGUAUGUAUACUGGAUGCUUUUGGUCCUAAACCAAAAUGCUUGUGCAUCCUACUAGUAAAGACCAAAAGGAAGCUUCUGGGGUUGGAAACUAAAGUCUAACAAGACAUCUACCAGGAGUUUUUCUGCCCAAAAGGCUGGAGCAACUGAUUUCCUCCUCACCCUGCUUUGAAGCUCUCACUUGAACAGACCUGUUUCAAGAGAGUUUUUGGCCUCUUAAUUCUCAGAGUGCUCAGCUUUUUCAUCCAUCCAUUUGGUGGAAGCCAGGUGUUUCUAUCAGGUGAUGCCUCUAUCAGUAAGCACUUACAGGAUCUUAGAACCAAAGGCUGUGUCAAAGCAGGGGUCUCACAUUGCUCGUUGUGAGCAAUUCUCACUGAGGUAGAGAGUUCUGGAAAGUCUUUAUUGCUGGACUGGGAUGUGCUAAUCAGAUUCUGGAGACCUGAAUUUUUUGGUCUGUGCUGUGAGAUGUGCUAGAGGAGCAGCUGAGGUGGGAGUGUUUUGGGGUCCUUUAGAGUAGGUUAAGAGUCUCUUGGGACAGCCCCUGGUGUAGGUUCUGAAGGAGCAGGUGUAAUUUCUGCUGAAAACACAGUUGUUCAUGCUGCUGUCUCAGGGUCUCAUGUGUAGAUGCUGAGGGGAGUCACUGCAUUUGCUUCUCAGAUGUCCACAUGAAUGGAAUUCACCCCAGUGCAGAACCCUGGCCAUGAGCCUCAGCACCUGUAAACCUCCUGUUAACCAUCAGCAAAUAGGGAAAUCCCACAGAAAUGUGGAAGAGGAAUCUCUGUAUGUGCUUGGUGUGAGCAGGCAAAGGCACAUGCAGAUCCUUCAGGUGAGGGGAUGGCAACACCAGAAAUCCAGACAUGAGCAGAAUCAGAACAGCUCAGUGUGUUCAGUUCUCAGUGAUUGCCUGUUAGAUGGUGUCUGUGCACUGAAGUGUUGGAUUUAUUUUAUUUUAUUCUAUUCUUCAAGCUGCAUUAUCAUAAAAUUUGGUUUACUUGAGCUGCUCCACUCUCCUGUCAGAGACUGGCCAGUGCAGUUACUGCUGCCUCCUGAGCCUUCCUCUGCCAGUCCCUGCAUCUGUUCUAGCUCUAGGACUGGGGAAGGCUUCAGGAUCCAGCUCUAAGGUGAGGGGAGAUGUCACAUCACCACAGUGGUGUGUGUGGCCACACAGCUCUUCCUUCCAUUUGCUUGGAUAUGUUUUUUGUACAUCUGUAUCAUGUGAGUAUGAAAACCAUGGAAAAUCCAGAGACAAGUCACUGGAGCAGGAUAAAUUGUCACCACAGUGAACACUGGUUGGUCAGUGUUUGGUCACUUGCCCUUGUCCAGAUGACCAAAGGCUGUUUGCAUGGAAAGGACACCUAUUUUUAUAGGGGGAUUGAACAUUGCAGUAAUGUUAUUUAUAAAAAGCAGUUAAAAAUCUUUUUUAAAAAAGUUUUUAAAAAACUUGGUAUCAUUUAUAGAAAGAAUAUCCAGCAGUCAAAACCAAAUGAUGAAUUAACAGUAAAAGUGAUCCAUUCUUUUAAGGCUGAGUUUGGAAAAUGAAUAGUCCUUGAGGUCCUUCAACAUUAGUUACAAUUCUGUGUUGCUUUAAUGUUCUGGGUCAGGUCAAUAAAGUAGAAAUUCUUCAAAUAUUUCAGGAGAUAUUUUUUUUCAGUGCAUUUUAAAUGGCAAUAACUCAAGUUCCUUUUGGAUAGUUUUAUCAUUACAUAUGUACUUUAAAAGAACAAACUCGGAGAAAGUCCCCAUGUUUACUUUUCUAACACAAUAUACAGGUCAUGUGAUAAACUGUUUAUUUAAAGUAGCUCCUCUGAUAGCUCUGCCUGCAGAAGGUUAGAGUUUGUGGGAGAUUUUUAACACACAGCUCUUGUGAGCUGCUGGUAGCCUGGUUCAAUCACAUAAACAUGGAGCAGUUUGUCUGGAGGCUGCCUCUGUCAGAAGGUCACCAUAUUUUUUAGUUCCAUAUUGAAGAAAUGUGUUCUUUUUAACUCUGUCAAUGAAGCACCUUAUUGUUCCAUUUCUAUAUUUAGGCAUCUACAAAUAGCUUUAGAGGGAAGGGACCAAAUUCACCUUUAGCAUAAAGAAACACCAACCCCUUGAGCUCUCUGAGUGGAGCUGCACUUGUGUUUUGGCUUUUUCUCAUUUGUUUUUAUUUUCCAAGAGCUGAAUUUGUCACCUGAGGUAUUUUAAUCUCUAUUUGGAAGCAGGAGAGUCUUUUUGUGCCUUCGGCAAGUUCCUCUAACGUAGCUCUGCACUUCUCAAGGUUGGCUGCUCAGCACAGUAGGAUGGAUAAAUCCAGAGCUCAAGAGGCCAGUGGCUAUUUUCUCUGAUUAUUGUAUUUAUUAUUACUGGGUUUCUCCUUACUAAUAUAAAAAAUGAAACAUGUGGAGUUCAUAAAAAGGGUCUCAGUUCCUCCCUGUCGCUCAGAAGAGGCCGUGCCUCCCUGACAAGCGGUGGAUUGAAAAUCGCCGGUCAUUCCUGAGCGGCCGCUCGUAGCUUGAGCAGGUACGGCACCAUUUCAGUGCUUGCUGUUUGCAGUAAUCUCAUGUAGUGAAACCAAACCAAGCUCAAAGUGUUGCUUUCUCAUCCUACGUGAGUUAAAAGCAGUCCAAGUCUUUAUGAUCUCUAAAGCAGAACUCGCCACCCCAUGGGUGGGUUUGACAUUCAACUCUGGAGAUUCCUUCUAGAUCACACUCGAUCCAACAGCAACAAAGGUUUAGAAAUAUUUUUCUGUUGAGUGGAGUUUUCAGCACUGAAAUUCUCUUUUGUUGCUAAUGAUGGGAAAACAGUAAUGGUAGAACUGCCACCUGAAACCUUGGAAAAUUGCUUCUGUGUUCACAUUUUAGAAUCUCAAUAUUCUCCUACUGUUGUUCCUUAUUUCUAAACAUUUUUGAGCAAGUUUUUAGUGGUAUGGCUGAACUUUUUCACUUGGUCAUUGAGAAGAAAAUGACUUGAGACAUUUGAAACAUAAGUUGGGAUAAACCUUUAUUUGAUGAGUAAUUUGAAUAAUACUGUACUUCUAGUCUUUUUAUUGAUUUCCUUUCCUUUAACUUAUGUAAUCUUUUGUUUAUAAAUUAAUCUGUUUGUGGGACAGAAGGUUUUAUCAAUUGCUUUCCAUACUGUACAGUAUAUGGUUACACAUUUUGUAUAUUUAGUGUGUUUUUAAGUUAUUGAUUUGUUUUAUAUCAAAUAAUUUAUUUUUCAGGUACCAUUUUCAUUUAAACUUUGUUUUUACAUGGGUUUACUUUAAAUAAAGUAUGACACUGCUUUCCAAAUGUCGAAAAUGAAGUUGAAUCCCAUUGUGUUAUUUUGAGAUGAUUUAUGUAAAUUAACUUAUUUUAGAAAUAACUGCAAAAAUGUACCAAGUUCAUACUUUGGUUGUGCUUCAAUUCAAGUGCUUGGAAAUUCUCUGCAAUGAUUUUUGAGCAGUUUGAAAAAAAUGAGUUUUCAUAUUGAAACAGUUCAAAGAUUUGUUGAUGAAGCAGCAGUUUUGUAGAAUCCUGUGGAUGGAGUUAUGAACAUUGUUUUCUAUAUGGAUUUUCAAAAUUAAAUGGAACAACUCAUAGAUAUUUUACACUGGUGUUAAGACUUAAAUGACAUUAUCUAUGUUAAUAGUGCAAAGGAGUUUUUGUACUUUUGCCACAUGUUCAUGGCUGGUUUUGUUGAGCACUUGUUUGGAAUAUACUUGGGAUGCUUUUACUUGAGCCCUGUUGAAGGGUGAUGUGCAUCAAAAUAGAAUUAGGCUUUUACUUAAUUGUUCAUAUUUUGUCUUUUUUUCC